AGAGCAACAUAUAUGAACAGAAAUUCGUCGAGCUAGUUACAACCAUCCUUAGGCACUAAAAAGAAUAACUACAACUUACAACGGUAUCGAAUUUUCCUUUGACAAACAUGCCUACCAUACCUACCUCUACCUUACAAUACGUUCACCUUGCUUCUCGGGCCGACUCUUCCCCAUCACCAGAAUGCACCACCGCUGUCCCAGGCAGAUACGGCCAUGUAGACGACUACUCAGCCUGCAAUGCAUACUAUACAUACAAUCCUUCCUUCGCCACUGCCAUUCUCUUCACUGUCCUCUUCGGCUUCUUGACCAUCGCACACGUCUCCCAAGCCUUCUGGCACAAGAAGAGAUUCACAUGGGUUGUGAUCGUGGGCGUGCUUUUCGAGUUGACGAGCUUCGUGUGUCGCACAUUGGGAAGUAGGGAUCAGCAGAACAUUGGACUUGCGACGGCGAGCCAGUUGUUGUUCUUGCUUGCGCCGCUUUGGAUCAAUGCUUUUGUCUACAUGACUUUCGGCCGUUUGGUGCAUUUCUUCCACCCCGAUCGUCGCUGCGCUGGUCUCAAAGCGCCGAGCAUCGCGAAGUACUUCGUUUGGGCAGACAUUGUAUCUUUCUUAGUACAAGCUGCUGGUGGCAUGAUGCUGAACCCAGACAGUGAUGCAGAUGCUCGGAAGAUUGGUCUCAAAGUGUACAUGGCUGGUGUGGGUGUGCAAGAGGGCUUCAUCGUCGUUUUCACAAUUCUUGGUAUCAAGUUUGUACGAGAUAUGAAUCAGAUUGAACAGCAAGGCCAAGUGCCAGAGAACAGGACCGGCUGGCGUUUGCAGAUGUGGAGUAUGUUCAUCGUCCUCAUUCUCAUCACUGUUCGAAUCAUCUUCCGACUCGUCGAAUUUACCAAAGGGUUUGAGCCUGGAAAUCCGAUGUUGUUCAACGAAGCAUUCGUAUAUGCUCUGGAUGCUACGCCAAUGCUCCUCGCUCUUCUUUUGCUGGGUGUGAUGCACCCUGGUAGGGUAUUAGCUGGGCCUGACAGCGAGUUUCCUAGAUUGUCACGCAAGGAGAAGAAGGUGUUGAAACAAGAGAGAAAGUCAUUAAAACAGGGAAAGAAGGAGCGAAGACAUUGUAGCAAAAAACAGGGGUAUGCAGGCGUUGAGGCUGGUCUUUCCUGAGGCAGGUCAGCCACUGAGUAAUGGAAGCUGCAAAAGAAAUUAAUACAGCGACGCUCUAACCCGCAUCUCCUCGAGCGUUGAUAGCACGAAGUGUUUUCAGCCUCCCCUGUUCAGCAAGGAAACCGCGAGGUAUUCUGCCUUUUGAACCACAUACCCUGUCAGUUAGAUGGAUAUGGGAGGAAGUGGUUUG